AUGCAAUCAGGAGCGUGUGAAGGGGGAGCAUUUGACGUGAAGUUUUCCUAUCAGAACAAUUCCAUGUGGAACACUUGUUUAUCAAGUCUCAAAAUAUUUGUUUAUGCCAUCUGGCUGCCAUCGACGCUGAAGAUCACCAAGGGAUCAGCGGUCGGUGGCAUGGUAUUGGACAUCAAGGGGUUGGGCUUUUCCUCGAAAUACAACUAUUCUUGCUCCUUCGUGUACAGCGAAGAUAUAAAUUUAAUUCACAGCGAAGUGGCUGAGGUGCAGACCAUUUCAGAAUCCUUGCUGGAGGUAGUCACUCCAGUAUGGAACUAUCCCGCACGAGUGGUUCUUAUCCAGCUGACGAUGAUAGAUUCAACAGGCACCCCUUUCGAUAUCAAAUCACACGACACAAGGAAAGGGAUUUUCGAAAUCGAAGAGGAGAUUGUAGCGUAUCAGCCUUCUAUCGUCUACUCAGAAGAAGGAGCAUCUGUCAUGCUGCAGGGUGCAGGACUGGAUUUCAUUUCACAGCAGGUCCUGCCUCCAUUCUACAAGCAGACUUCGGACACUAACUAUCUGAGCGUGCGAAAGAACGUGCGGUACAGACUUGACGCUCCCGGUUUCUCUUCAUGGAGCUGUCUAGUGUACAACUCGAGCUUGAUGAACUGCACAAUCAUGUCCUGGAAAUUUGAAGCGCAGCUGGUCAGUUUCCGUGUGACCAAAUAUUGGUGCGACUCGUCCUGGAACACCCCCAUCGAGUACAACUUCGAAAAGGAUCUCCUACACUCCAACUUGUCACUGUCGAUUGAGUUCCUACCUCAAAUCAGGAGGAUCGAGCCGACUAUUGGUAAUGCUUUCGGCAGGACCUCGAUCACGAUACUGGGGAAUGGUUUCGAGAAUGUCGAGAGCUUUUGCGUAUUCAGGGAUUCAGGACAGGCAGUAAUCCAAAACCUUACUUCUAUCUUUGUUUCUUCGACUGAAAUCGAUUGCUCGCCCACGAACGAAUUUGCUGAUCCAGCCGUCAAAGACGUGGCGCUUUCCUUUGAGCUUGUCAGUCGAGGGACCUCUGUUCAAUCAGUCAAUGAGUUGCACUUCCAGGCCUCUGAUAUCAACAGCGCCCCGACAUUCUCUUGUCAAACCCUUGUGAUCUCUUAUUCCUCUCUCCCGCACUCUUAUCCUUUCCUCUACGGCAUCAGCCCAAACAGCUCUUACGCACCCAAUGAGCAGAAUCAAUUGUUAUCGUUUCAUAUAGUCGAUAUCCCGGGCUUUUUGCUGGGAAGUGUCAGUGUCCAAGACUCUAAUCUUACAUUCACCACGGUAGAUCCCGAAGGUGGGUUGAUAUAUUUGAAGAUUCGAAUUCAAGACGACGGUGGCAAUCAGAAUGGUGGGAUGAAUUGGACAGAGAAGGAAUGCAAAGUCUACGUCUUGCCAAAGAGAUCCAUGCUUCAAAACUUCGAAAUCAAUCAGACCAUGUUGACUAUAGACCUAGUCGAGUCUGAGCAAGACGAGUUGUACACAUACUUCGGCUUCAUCACCGAUAUCUUCUAUGGCGUCCUGCAACCGUACCCUGACUUGUCGAUUCAAUUAAUUUCACCCGAACCUGAUUUUCAACGUGCGUUUCGAGUCUCCCCAAAGCUGGAAGGGGGAAGCUUGAUCUUCACGACAGCUGCGUAUGCCAACGGAGAUUUCAUCCUGUCGGUCGUCAUCGAUCAGUUGCCUGAGAAUUCCAAAAACUUCACCAUUGCGAUAUCUUCCAAGAAUCAGGCCCCUGAGUUUGUCCUGGUCAACGACGUGUUUGUGUUCCAGCAGACUCUGGUGAAUGGCACAUCGUUCGAUCAGAUGUUUCUCUCCAACAUCAGCAAGGGUUCUCGCUUUGACAAGUACUUUGAAGAGUCCCAGGUCCUGAACUUUGACUGGUGGCCCAUGUCAAACGAGUUUCCGCUUGAGAAUUUCACCCUGUACAUUCCCCCCGAUGAACCCCAGACAGCGCGGAUCAAGUUUUUCAUCCCUCCUUGCGUGUACGGAUCAUUCUAUGUCAACGUGUCGCUGAUGGACAACGGAGGGAGUCAGUUCAACGGGAUGUCAUCGGUGAACUUCACUGUUCAAGUGGUGGUCGAGGCGAUCAACACUCCUCCUUUCUUCCAGCUCCCUGCCUUGAGCCUCAGCGUGUGCGAGGGCAGCGGGUCUCACGAGUUCCCGGGGUUCGCCGAUGCGAUCUCCAAGGGCGUUUGUGCCUACGAAGACUUGGAGCAGCUGAUCUCAUUCCUCGUCUGGCCGGUCCCAGGGAAGGAGGUGGGGAACUUGAUAUCGGAAAUGAGCUUGAACGGGAGUGGAGUACUUUCGUUCAACCUGUCCACGUCUGGGUUCGGGAGGGGAGAAUUCUAUGUGAUGUUGGUGGAUGACAGGAUGGGAGGGAACAAUGCCUCCAUCAGAAGAAGCUUCGAGAUUCAAGUUGUUUCCGUUCACGACCCGCCGACCUUCAUGGUCUCUCACUCGUUGGUGUACGAUCAGCCGGUUGAAGACUCGGUCUUGGUCUUCGACAACUUCUUCUACAACAUCUCUAACGACGUCUUUGGUGCCCCGUCUCCCUGCCUAAACCAGACGUUCCUCUUCGAGUUUGACCCAGAGCUGCCGCUGGCCAUGUACGGCGACGAGCUGCUUUCCCGGUCCUCCCUUGGCGACUGUUUGAGGGACUUGCAAGUGUACGGAAACGGCUCGCUGAUGCUCAGUGCGUCUCCGGUCUGUUUCGGGGAGGCUGCGAUGAAAGUCAACUACGUAGAAAGAACUUGCUUCUCUUGUACCAACACCUCCAGUGUCUUCAACGUGACCGUACGCUGGGUCAACAAGAAACCAGGUUUCGACGUUCGAGAUCAAACCAUCGACGAGUGCGUUGUUUGUGGUGAACUGGAGCUGGAGGGUGCCGCCGUGAACAUCACGGCAGGGUCGGUGUAUGAGGACAGAGUUCAGAGAGUCUCCUUCACCGUCAGCCUCCUUGAGGGAGAAAGUACCCUGAUGAGUGACGAUUUCGAGAGUGUUUCCUUGGACGCCAACGGCACUCUGAGAGUGAAGCUCAAGAGCUCGAGGAGGGGGACGGCAAACUUCUCCGUAAGCCUGCGGGACGACGGAGGGAUAGAGAGGGGCGGGGUAAACGUUUCAGACGUGAAACUCCUGCAACUGGUCGUGCUUCCCGUCAAUAAUCGCCCGUCGUUCUCCCUCCUGCCCUCCCUUCCCGUCCUGGAGGGCUCGGGUUGCAGCAACUUCACUCAGGUCGCGUUCAACAUCUCAGCGGGAGCAGGGAACGAGAUCGAUCAGCUGAUCUCCUUCACCGUCAUCAGCAUCGACCCCCCGAGCUUCCUCGCCGAUCAACCUUGCAGCUGCUCCUCCUGCCCCCCCUUCUCCAUCGACCCCGCCACUGGCCUUGCCAGGUUCCAGGUGCUGGAGCACCAGGUGGGAAACUUCACAGUGGAGGUGCAGCUGGUGGACAGCGGGGGUACAGAGCGAGGAGGGCAGAACGUGUCAGCGCCCGAGACGAUCGAGCUUGUAAUCCUGCCAGUCAACGACCAGCCAACUUUUGCCGUUGAGAACUUUGACGUUUACGAGCAGCAGGAGCUUGUCCAUGUCAGCAGGCGGGACGUUGCUAUCAACAUUUCGGUAGGAAUCUCGCCGGACGAGGUCGACCAGAAGUUUUCCUUCAUAGUCAAUCUGCUCUCCUCGACUCAGGACCCGCUAAUCUCUGACGUUUCCAUGCUCCCCAACGGCACCCUCCUCUUCCUCCAGUACCCCCGGGCCAACGGGCUGGCGACGCUGUCGGUGAUCAUGGAGGACAACGGGGGGACGGCGAACGGGGGGUCCAACACUUCGACCUUGAUGUACCUGAACAUCACGGUCGUGCCCGUCAACAGCCAGCCUACCUUCGAGCUCGUCAACGUCUCCCUGUGGGAGGGAACGGAAUUCAGCAUGAUCGCCGACGUCGCCCGCAACAUCUCUGCUGGGGCAGCCGACGAGGGCCAGCAGCUGCUCACCUUCCAGGUGGAGGUGAUGUGGAGCGAAAGCGUGUCUUUCCCUGAUUUACCGCCUGCCUUCCUCCUGCACCCCAAUGGGACCCUCGCCUCCAGCCUCCCUCCCUACCGCAACGGAGAGGUUCAGCUCAGCGUUGUGCUCUCUGACGAUGGCGGGACGGCUAACGGCGGGGUCAACCGCUCGGUCGAGCACAGGUUGGGAGUGCGGAUAGAACCUGUGAACAACGCGCCAUACUUCGAGGUCGCCAACGAGUCCUGGUAUGAGGAUAGCACCGAGGUCCACUACCUUGCCUUCAACAUUAGCAGAGGCUCGCCCUACGGCGACGAGGACUGGCAGAAUGUCACGUUCCAUAUUUCGUUCGUGGAGGGAGCGGAGCUGUUCGAGAGGCUGGCGGUGGAGAGCGAUGGAAGGGCGGACUACUUGCUAACUGCCAACAUGUUUGGGGUAGCGAUGAUUGAGCUUGUCCUCGUCGAUGAUGGCGGGACGGCAAGGAAUGGUCAAAACACGUCACUCCCAAGGCUUGUCACGAUCACGGUCCUUCCAGUGAACGAUCCUCCCACCUUCUCCCUCUACCCACUGAACGUCCUCGACUACAACUUCUCCUCCUGCACCCGCGGCCUCCCAACGAUCGUGAUGGACAUGAAUGCCUAUGUCUCGCCCCACCCGCUCGUUCUCGAGGGCUUCGUACAGAACAUCAGCAGGGGAGGCUGGCACGAGGCUGAUCAGACUCUUUCCUUCUUCCUCGAGCCUGAGGCCUCCGACCUCGACCUGCUCGCAGAGCCUCUGCGCGUGUGGAGCAACGGGACCAUCGUGAUAGAGCAGCGCAAGGACGCCAGCGGCUGCCUGACAUUCUCCCUGCGGGCUGUAGACAGUGGGAUGGGGAGCAACACGUCGGCAGCGGCUCGUUUCAACCUGCUGAUGGUGCAGAGCGAAGGGAAGGUCAAGUUCCAGCGCAGCCCAUCAGCGCCCUACGACGAGGCCUCGCUACUUCAAUCCAUCUCUCAAAGUCUUCACUAUCCCGCGUGGCUGCUUUCCUUGACGACAGGGAGCGGCCUAGCCAGCGGGACCGUCACGCUGCGAUCGGACCUGCCAGACUACCUGUUCUUCGAGUUCUUGACAAGCUCUCCCAUCAGCAUCUCGGGGAUCCAGCUCCUCUACAGUGAGCUCGUGGUGCAGCAGAUUGACAGUGAGCAGGAGCUUUAUCACGCUGUCCUCCUCCAUGACACCGUCGGAGCCCUGGAAGACUCCAGCUUGCAGACCUUUCACCUCCUCACCAACAUCACGUUGCGGGGCAACCUCCGCAAGCUCAUCCCCGGCCUCCUGCAAACGGCCGAGUACACCGUCCAGUCGUCGGAGAGCUGCCUGCAAGAUUGCUUCGAAGUCGAGCCCCACGUGGAGGUCCCGCCCUGCUCGUUCAACCAGACUUGCGACGCCUUCCUGUCCUUCAGGCCCUCGGCCAACAGCUACUGCGUCUGCCGUCUGCUCGUCUCGCUCGUCGGCAGCUCGUACUCUCACAACGUCACCGUCGUCGUGGACCCACUCAACGACGCUCCUACCUUUGAGUUCCAGCAGGACGUCGUCACGGUCUAUGAGACCCACCAGCCUGCCGGCGAACUCAUCGUCAUCGAGGGCUUGGCAAAGAACAUCAGUGCAGGUCCAAAGGAAGACCAGGACCAGAAGUUGACCUUCGUUUUGACUCCCCUCGACGUCGUCGGCCCUCUCUGCUACGGCGGGCAGCUCAUGGACUGCGAUUGCUGGCCCUGCCCCACCAACGUCUCAGCUACAGCUCAGCUGCCUCCCUCCUGGCUGAUCCUGCAGGAGCCAGAGCUAGAUGCAGUUAGCGGCAACCUGUCCUUCAUACUUGCCCCCGACGCCAUCGGCUUCGUGCUCUACCGGGUUGACCUGCUGGACUCCGGCCCGACUGGGGUGAACCAGUCAAACGUCUCCAUCUCGCUCAACCUGACCAUCAACGUGACCCGGAGCAACCAGCCUCCCUCCUUCCAGCUGACCUUGGCGGAGGUAACGAUGCUCGAGAGCUGUCAGUCCGCCAUCUCAGCUGGGGACUGCGAGGGGCUCCAGUUCACCCUGCAAGGUUUUGCAGUCAACAUUUCCCAGGGCCCGGCCAACGAACAGCGACAGACCGUCUCUUUCCUUCUCGUCCUCCAGUCUUACCAGGUGCCUUUCCAGCAGGGGCAGAACUGGGUCAACGCCUCCUCUUCCCCAGCUGCCGCGGAUGGAUGGGGGCAGCUCCUGUCCGAGGCUAUCAACGUGGACUCCAACGGAACGCUCCGAGCUUCCCUGCUCCCCCAGCACCACGGCAAGCUCGUGUACGACAUCUCUUUGCUCGACAGCGGGUUGUCGGGAGGGAGGGAGAGCAACCGCUCUCCUAGCUCGCGGUUCGUCUUCCACGUCAUCAGCGUCAACGACGCACCCUCCUUCUCCCUCGAUCCUCUCUUCUCCGCACUCGACUGGGACUCCCUGUGCUCCAACUCCAGCAGCUCUCACCUUCAGCUCAUGUUCUGCGUCGACAUCUCGUCCCAGGAGAGGUCCCUUGAGCCCCAGUGCCACGAGCUCGACCACUUCGUCAACGACGUGACAGGAAACCUGUCGCUGUACUCGUCCUCCUACAACGUCUCUUCCGCCUCCUGCAGCUCCAAGGACCUAGCUGGGGCUGUGCUGAACGGGACUUGUGAAGGGGGAGACUUUCGCAAUGUCUCGCUGCUGACUUCGAUCUCGUUUCUUGUGCGGGUCCCGACCAAGAGGGCUGCAAUCCAGCAAGUCCAGGAGAGGGUCCAGCAAGUCCAGGAGAGGGUCCAGCAUGUGAUCACCAGCGUAUUCGCCUCGUCUGCGGUGAACUCCUCACUGAAGGUUUCCUUCGAGGACAACGUCACUCAGUGCAGUCAGAGCGUCAACAAGAGCAACGCUGCCAUCUUCCGCUCGAGCUUUCAGCUUCACUUCUUGCCGUCGUCCCCGCUCAAGGCCCACCCCUGCCUCUUUGCAUGUAUGCCGCAUGACCAGCCUGUCCUCCUCGACCUCGAGUGCUCUCGCUUCUGCCUCGAGUCAACCGUCACCACCCACCUGCUCGCCGAGCUGAAGUUUGACGUAUUUGUCAUCGACUUCCUCACUCGGUUCGACUCGGACCGGCCGGUCUCAGUCUCCAUCAACGUCUCCGCUGGGCCCGGGGACUGGCUGCCCUCUGGCUCCUCGGUCUACUUCCAGUACCCUCGAGUCCACUGCUCGGGCCUGACGCUGAUGAUUCACAAUCUGGUGGACAACGUGACGGCAGGAGGGUGGGGAGAGGAGAACCAGAGCCUGUGGUUCAGCCUCGAGAGGUUCGCGGGCCCCGACAUGGGCCGGCCGUCGAUCCGCUUCCCGUUCGGGGAGACCAACAAGCACACAGUCUUCAUCUUCGAGCUCAAUGACCUGGCGUACGGCACGGCCUCCUACAACGUGACACUGCAUGACUCCGGGAGCGAGAUGUACGGGGGAAGGAACAGAGAGACGUCCAAGACUCCCCUCCAAGUCUCCCGCCUCGUCGGCAACUUCCGCCCGACUUUCGCCCUUGUCGCCGACCAGCUUGAAGUCAUGCAGGACUCUUCCUGCGUCGAGAACCCUAUCGAUGGGCGCUGCUACGCCCGCUGUCAGUACUCUCACUCGCUGUGCUCGUCUGGCCCUCGAGCCGGGGCUCGCUGCGGGGCCAACAGCGACUGUCCUGGAGCUUGUGAGGAAGGAGUCUACUACAACGGGUCCAACACCUGCGUUACUGGCUGUAUGUGCAGCGUCUUUGGAGAUGUUGCCUGCGAAGACAUCGGAGUCUGCUCCUGCUCCACCCCCAACAACGGCGCCCUCUGCCUCGCCGACGGCGAGUGCACCGGAGGGGGAAAGUGCAGAGGUCGAGGAGAGUGCCGACUCGAGGGGGACAACCGGAGCUGCACGACAGCAGCUGACUGCCUGUCGGGUGGCACGUGCGAGAACGAGUUCCUCUCAGAACUCCUGCACGUCAAGCUGGGCGUCGCCGUCAACAUCUCUGCUGGGUCCCUGUUGGAGCAGUCCUGUGACCAGCAGCUCAGGGCCCAUCCCGACCAGUUCGAGUGCAGGACGCAGCAGGUUUCCUUCCUCCUCGUCCCCGACAAUGAAACAGACGCCUCCUCCCUCUUCGCUCAACUGCCGACGAUGGACUCCAACGGCACUCUGUCCUUCCGGCUCAGUCCCAACAAGCACGGUGUGGUCCAGUUCACGGUCUUGCUGCAGGACGACAGUAUGGCACAAGGCACCAACAUCUCCCUCCCUCGCCCUCUCACCAUCUUGGUAGCAAGGAGGGCAGCGUUCGACGUGCAGGACGUCGUGCUCUUCGAAGGUUCCUCGCAGUCUGCCGCUCAGGUCGCCAGCAACAUCAGGACGCAACAUCUGCUGACGACCAACGGGACUCUCACCUACUCGUACUCCUUCUCCCUCCAGAUGUCCCAUCCACAGCUCUUCCUCUCUUCUCCUCCUCCCUCCGUUGACACCAACGGUGUUCUCCACUUCGCUCUCCGACCCUUCGAGUACGGCACGAGCACAAUCAGGAUCACGCUCGCGGACCUCUCGUACCCAGCGAUCUCUUCCUUCACGGUCUCUCACGACAUCAACUUCACCGUCAGCCAUGUGAACAGUCCUCCCACUUUCUCCCUCCUUUUCGACCGGCUCGUCCUACCGCCAGGCCUCCUGACCCUGCAGGAGUUUGAACUGGCAACCAACAUCUCCGCCGGGCCCAACGAAGACUGUUCCGUGAGCUCCAAGUUCUGCGAGGUCCAGGCGCUCUCCUUCGUGGUCACGGAAGUCUCGAACCCCGUACUCUUCCGCAGGCUCCCGUCGGUAGAUGCCAGGAGCGGCAAGCUGGUCUUCCAGCUCAGAUCCGACCAGUCUGGGUCGUCAACGAUGAACUUGACCCUCGUCGACGACGGCAUGCUGAACGACAUCGUGAGCUACUGCAACCAGACGUUGAACGUGAGCGCCGAGCAGUUGGCGGCGUGCGAGGUGACCAACGGGAAGUACGCGGGAGUGAACAAGACGACGAAGUCCCUCGUCAUCAUAUUGGAGACACCACAGCCCUUCUCAGUCGCCAGGGUGAUGUACAACAUCUUCGAGCCUAGUGCGAACCUGUCGUCCAUAUCCUGCCCCUCGCUGUUGGAGUACAGCCAGGGCUACUUUAACAUCUCACUCCAAGACACCAAGAGGAUAAUAUCCAGCAUCGGCAGCUCCCUCGUCCCUUCUUCGCCCUGUGAGCUCGUCCCUGGCGUCAGGGCCAGCAGCUACUCUUCCAGUAAGAACGAGUCGAUCCUGCUCAUGUCCUACCUCGGUGAGCGGCAGAUCUCCUCCUACGCGACCUUGCUGCGACAGGGCACCUUCCUAGACUCCUCAUUCUCCGCCUUUGUCGCAAGGGAAAGCUCUUCGGUGCCUCUGCUGGCAACCAACGGUUCCAACACCUCCAGUCUGACGUCCAAUCAAACGGCGAGCAACGAGACCAACAUGUCGUUCGUCCUCAAUCCGAGUGACUUCAUCUUCUAUCAGCGAGCUCAGGACAAGGUCUUGUCCACCAGAGGACUCGAGUACAGCAUGGAGCUUGUCUUCAGCUCCGAUGAGAUGUACGCCUACUCGCCUGAAGCUGUCUCUGACACUCUGUCCGUCUGGUCUGUCUCAACCACUCCUGGCAUGGAGCUCAGUUUCCUCACGAGAAGAGCCCAUGACGAGGAGCGCGUCAGGUUUAAGAGCACGGACGUGGAGCGAGUCUUCGACUACACGCCUGAUCAAGUUUACACGCCUGACCUGUGUGUUUUGCAAUCUUUCCCUCAGUUGCAGGGUCAAAGUGAUGACCCCAGUCUCUUCGGGGUCGGUAACGGCUGUGUGGAAAGAUCCUUCCUGUCCCGAAGCCUCGCAUCCUCCCUGCCCAUCGACUACGCGGCUGACGCUGAGCUCAUCGGCUACUGGGACUUCACUGAGCAGAGCAUGCGAGGGAACCAGAGCGUCUCGAGCUAUAGAGAAGGGGAGAUCUGCCAGCAAGGAUCCUGCACCUUCACCUUGAGCGACGGCAUGAGCCUGGCAUGCGAGGCGGAUGUUGGCUGCACCUUCCGCAGGAAGAGCUACGUCCUCCCUACGUGCCUGGAGCCCAGCCUCGACCUCGAGAUCUUCCCCUCCACCUUCCAGAACCUGGCAAGCAGCAGCAAGCUCAGCUCGCUCCUGCUCAUGGGCCCUACGUGCAGGGUGUAUCCCGACAACCUGGAGUGGCUGGCGGGGUCGGAGAACUACGGGCUGCUGAACGUGAUUGCAAACAAUGGAGAGGUUGAGGCCGUCCAGUUUGACGGGGUGCUCAACUCGGGCCUGUUUCUGACCAACGACAUCAGGAGCGUCACCAGCACCAACUACGUCGAUUCAGCUCUUCCUACUCACGCCUUCUCUGUGGAAGCAUGGGUGACCGUCGACAAGCCAGUGGCACCAUCAGGGUCGCAGUCACUGGGAACAAUCUUUGCUGCGGCCUCGGGGGACAGGAACAACGAAGCUGGUUCAUGCAACAAGGGCUGGAUGCUUUCUUACGAGGUGUUGGCAACCAACCAGAUCUCUUUCUACUUGGAUGUCGCCACGGAGAAGCUCGGGGCAGUCAACGGACUCUUCCGGCGCGUCGCCGUUAACUUGCUGUCUUCGUUCUUCAGCCCGACUGAAUGCAAGUGCAUCUAUGGCACAUGGUUCCACAUCGUAGCUAUCUACGACGGCUUCAACCUCAAACUUUUCGUCACAGCCAAGGACUUGGGGACCAGGAACAGCACUGCUGCUGCAUGCGACGUGCCUCCCUGCGGGGCGAUCUACUAUCCUUACUACCACCCCCAAGACCCGACAGUCUGUUACGCUUCAGGCCCCGUGCCCGUCACCAUCGGCAACUACACCAACACGUUCAAGCCCAUUCCUUUUCAGAGCUACAACCACGUCGGCAUGAUCAAGAUGCUGACCCUGUGGAAAGGCGCCUUGUCUACCUCCCAAGUCUCCCUCAGGUUCAACAGGUUCCUGAAGCUCGCAGACAGUCCAUCGCAGCCUUCGAGGUACUGGGGAAAGGUCCCCGGCAUCUCCCCUUCCAUGGACUUCGUGGAUGCUGAAGUGGCUGGGCAAGAGACGUCGCCUAUGAUCAGCCUGAAGGGGGUCUUCGAGUCAACGCUGCGAUACAAGUGUCGAUUCACAACCACAGUACCAGUGGAGGGCCCCGGUGGCUCGUUCCAGACGAGGUACGCGGAGACGAUGGGAUAUGCGAUCAGCACUGGAAGCAAGCUCGGCUUCGUGUUUGGAGAACCUUAUGGCAACUCCUACACCCUCAAGUGUCCUACUCCAACCUGGAGCUAUGGGAACAAAGAGACGAUCUUGUCGGUGUGGGAGGAAUCAAAUGUCCUGACUUCCUUGACUUGGAGGCCUCUGUGGCAGAAAGUUUGCCUGACUACAUUUUGUGGGUACAAGAAGUUCUACCUGAGAUAUUCACAAGCAUCAGCUACCAACCUCCCAGGCUGGUCGUUCGCCCUGCGCAGCCUGACGUCUCCGCCUCUUCCCAACGCAGUGCCAUGUGCUUUCAAUGACACUGCCGGCUCUGUCCCGAUAAACGCCUUCCUAGCGCACUCAGCCGGCGGCUCGAUCACCUCCUUCUUCUUCAUCGCUGCUAGCUCAGUCUGGGCCUUCUCGGAAGCCUUCCAGGUACCCCAGGGUGAUGGACCAGUAGACACUGUGAUCAUUGAGGACGGGGGAAAGGGCUUCGUGGACGGCUGGCUGACCAUGAAGUCCAACGACUUGCUCUUCCCCGACUUCUCAGCUCAGUUCAGCGUCGACGCCUCCAACGCCAUCUCGCAGGUGACGGUGAGGGAGAGCGGGCCGCGCCUGAGGAACAACCUCGUCAAGCUCCUCGUCACCUACGGGGAGGGCUGCGCGACAUCGUCAAGCGUUGCCGAGUGCAGGAGCGUGAGGCAGCAGGGCACCGUGACCUACCUCGAGCGCAGGGUUAACGCGACCAUGUACAACUGCACCGCCAACGGCAAGGUGUACACAGCGGGAAAAGGCUUCGGGUUCGUGGCCAGCUACAUAACCAACGGCACGGAGAUCGUCAGCACGUCCUUCAUGUCGGUCAGUGACCAUGGCACCAACGUCCCCGACCAGGUCGAGCUCUUCGUGUCUGACCACGGGUGUCGAUGUGUACAGAAUGGAAACCAGACAGACGCCAAUGGGUACCCCAACGUGACCGGAUGCCUCAUUGCGCAUGUGGCGGGGGGAGAGAAGCUGACGACGAUGACGAAGAAGGGUAUGAAGAGGAUGAGUCGAGUCGUCCCAAAGCUCUGGGGGGUCAAGGGGCUUCAAGACUGCCUGCAAGUCUCCGGCUGCCUGCCAGACCCCCUUGGGGACGCGUACGGAGGGUCCAGUGCCAUUCAAGCCUUGACCGACCUUUCGUCCGGCACAAGAAUCCUGAUACUAGGGAACUUUCCCCUGGGAGAACGGCAGUCGGACUACCUCACCAUCUGGAACGUCUUCGAUCUCCUACAGCCUCCUGCUCCGGUCCAAAAGGUCCAAACCCCCGGCACCAUGGGCAUCAGCCUCUUGUCCGUUCCUCCCUUCUCCGCUCCCCGCGCCGCCGCCGUUGCCAACUUCCUCGGGCAGAGCUCGAUCUACCGCUGGCUGGGACCUUCGCCAGUCCUCUUUUACGAGAUGGCAGACCCCGGGCUGAACUUUCCUCCCCACGGGCUCGUCCGCUCCCUGACCGACGGCCUGCCCGACCAGAUCGUCGGCAACUUCUCUGCGUCAGGGCCCUUGACUAGUCUGAACUUCUUCCCUGACCGCCCCUUGUUCCCUGGCACGACACUGAGCUUCGUGUACGGCGAUGACUGCGCAGAUGAAGGGGCAGGGUGCCGGAAGAAGAACGUGGUUGGAUCAGUGGGCAUCAUAUCGCUCACGAAGCCCCAGCUCAUUGCGAACUGCACUGCGCAAGACGUGUUGACAGGUGGAGGCGGGUUCAAAGCCUACAUCCUGAACGCGUCUGGAGUGCUGGAGAUCAGGUUCAGAGCAGCGAGUGAUCGCGGAACCAACAUCACAGGAUGCAACGGCAAGACCAGCUUCAAUGAGUGCCUUGACUUCUCCUUCGUAUCCCCCGCGUCAGUCUCGCUGUUCCCGCAAGACGAGCGCCCCUUGUCAAUCUCUCUUGUCGACAUCCUCGAUGCUGGUGUCGGGUACAUUCCUGGGACCCUCAGGGCCACCUCCCUCGCUGACAUCGGUCAAGGUUUCUCAGCAGACUUUGACACCACAGACGGGCGGUUGAGUGAGGUCAAAGUGCAGUCGGCCGGUCAGAACUACCUGCCGGGCUCAUCCCUCGAGAUCUUCUACGGGCCCGGCUGUGCCUUGAAGGACGACGCCUGCAACGAGACGGCGAUGACUGGCACCGUGACGCUCGUCGAGCAAGACUGGGAGGGCUCGGGCACUUUGACCUGCCAGCGGGAUGGGUUUGUGACAGCGACGCACCCGACAGGAGAAGGCUUCAGGGCUGAGCUUUUCGUGGACGGCACAGGAAGAGUCUCGUUCUGGUUCCGCCUUGCUUCGUCCCACGGGUCGAACUACUCGCUGUCUCCCUCCGCUCCCCUCCCCCUCCUCAGCCCGCACAGCAACUGCACCUGUCGCUCCAACAUCGAUCAGCUCCUGCUCAACAUCACCCACUGUGUGCGGCUCGUCGUGGCCACAGGCGCGAGGGUGGUCGGGAGAAAGCAGGAAGCGAUGCGAUCGCUCUACUGCCAUGGCGCCGACCAUUCCGCCUGCCCGGGGCUGACUGAGACUGUUGACACGACGAUCGCCAUGACGACGUCGAGGCUCUGGCCCGUCGACACUCUACGUCCCUACCAGCUCGAUACCAAGGGGGCCGUCGCUGUCGACUCCAUCACCCUACAGAAUUUCUCACUCGUUGCCUUUGCGAGCUACUACGAUCGAGACAUGAGCACCUAUGCUGUGCCGUCAAGGUUGUUUGCUGUGAGAGACAAGGCAGGCGAUCGCCUCCUCGACGCUGAGGUUUUCGAGUACCAGCAGUUUCCGACCGUCGCAGCCACCAACGUGUUGUUCGUCAGGCAAACUUGCAUCCUGCUCAUGUUCACCCAAUACUUCGAGGACACCUUAGUCUACCAGCUCACCAACCUCGACCUCUCCAUGAGGAGCCGGUUUCUCCUGCUGCAGUCCCUUCACACCCGCUCAGCCACAAGUCUCUCGAGCUUCGAAGCAACCGGCACGUUCUUUCUGCUUGUCACUCAAGACGAGGCCCUCUACAACUCCUCCAUGUUCCGUUGGAAUGGCUCCAGCCUGAACGGGGUUCAAACGCUGCAGACUCUCAACAAGGAUUCUUCUAGCGGCCAAUUCCUCCCAUCCUCCUACGUCAACGACGCGUCAACGUGGACGACCAACGGGACACGAUGGGUUCUCUUGGGCGCGCAUCGGAAUCUGACGCAGAACUCCUCCGUCUGGAGCCGCAAGCCUGUGUUCUCCAACUUGUACAGGAUGCAGACUGAGUUCAGAGUGAACAUGCUCCACCCUGUCGACAUGGAGAUGUCGAAUGACGGGAGGUUCAUUUAUGUAGCCUCUUACAGCUCACAGACCUUGAUGUGUUUCCGCCGUAACCCGUCGGACGGGAACUUGUUUGCAGAUGCUGCCUGCAGUUAUGGGCCUCAUCGCAGCGACUAUGUUCCCCUCGGCGCCCUGACGUCCCUGGCCUUGACAAAGGACAGCAGCAAGUUGCUGGCCACGAGUGCCUCGGAACAUGCUCUCUACGUGUUCUGCAUCGACACCCUCAACGGCGAGCUCACUCUCCAUCAGAUUGUCAGUAUGCGAUGCUAUGAUCUGAUGUCGUCGAUCGAUAUUGUGGAUUCUGCCAUCACCGACUCGUUUCUACAGACUGUUCGAGACCAGAUGGUCCUGGACGGAAGGCUUGUCGACGCACUCCGAGGGGCAGCAAUGGUGGCAGUCUCAGGGCAGACGGCAGUCGUAGCUGCUGCUAUAGAUCAUGCGCUAUCUGUCUUCUUCCUCCCCCUCGGGUGCUCCCCUAUCCAGUACGUGGACAGGAUAAGAGAAGGAGAACGAUCCCUCAGCGGCUUCCAGCAGCCCAUGAGCAACAGCUCCAACACGUUGCCCUGGUCAAGAGAUGCCAGCCCGCGGAUGUUCGACCUGCACGACUCCAGCAUGAACUUCACCCGCAUGACUAGGGAGUUCCGCGUCAACGGCGAGUUGAUGCUGGCUGUGGUGGUCGGGUCGGACAGCAGCGACAUUAUGCAGCCAGGCAGCGUCGAGAUCUACAAGUGGGACAUACAAGUCGAGCAGUUCGUCUUCUUGCAGGAUCUGACCCACCUAAGCCACCCGACGGACGUGGUGUUCUUCACAGUGCCGACCAGAGGGCAGCAAGUUGACUCGAGCCUACUGGCUGUCGCUGACUUGAGGCCGGACCUGAGGUCGGCCUACGAUGCUGCCGGAGGGAUCAACGUGUACCUCUGGGAUGUGCAGGAGCAGAUGUUCGUAUUCUUCCAGGUUGUUGACACGAAGCUUCUUCCUCAAAGCAGCCUCUACGACGGGAACAACUUCAAGGUGGUACACACCUGCCCCACCUGUGAGCCGGCGGCAGCGAUAUCAUCGCAAGAGUAUCCUCCAUGCUACGCUUCUUCGGACUCGCGGCCGUGGGCUUGGAUGUACGACUUUGAGGUCUUGCCCAACCAGAGUUUCACGUGCAACUCAACGGUUCUGAACAUGCGCCUGAGCACUUUCACCAUCGACGGCAUCCCCUUCCUGGCCGCCGCUUUCCUGCGUCCUCAGCAUCUGCCGGUCGGCAGCGAGUGGUUGUCUGCGGUGUUCCGGUGGAACAACGACGGGAGGAGGAGUCUGGAGAGCGGCAAGACGGUGGACAUGUUAGGCUUCGACUUCUUCCAGCCCAUCGCAACGUCCAGCGCGUCUGCCGUUCUUCAUUUGAACGUCUCUGCCCCCUCGGGCACCCUCAGGCACCUCAUAGUGUACGGCAACUCCUACCAGGACGACAACCAGCGGACUGACGGGCUUUCGUCGGUGUGGGAGUGGUUCCAACAAGACUGGAACCCCUUCCUAAGGGAGAAGGCCGGGCUGUUCCGGUUGGUGCACAGGUUGCCAGUUACAGGGGUAACGGACAUCACUUCCUGUACGGUCCAGGGCCCGACGGGGUCACUUCUACUCGUUGGGUUCGCAAGUGUCCAGUCGGCGUCGUCGGCUCAGUCGUCGCCCCUAUACAGGUGGGAGCAGGAUCAGCUCGUGGAGUUUCAGGCGCUGCCAGAGGCCUCGUCGAGCCUUGUCUGCUUCCACCAGCGCGGCGACGUCUACCUGGCCCUCGCGCACGUCCCGCCAGCCUACAGCGAGGACGAGGGCAGCUCGUUCGUACACGUCCUCCAAUGGGACAAGGCGACUUCGAAGUUCUCUGCGCUCAUGUCAAUCACCGACGACCAGUACAGGGGACUGUUCGGAUCGGAUGUCCCGUCCUCGGAGAGGAGAAUCCACGAAGCGCACCUCAAGGUGCCAGCUGGCCUGCUGCUGUCCGCCACGAUCGUCCAGCCCUCGCCAGCUCUCAGCCUGAUGUGCCUGUCCAGCCUAACCACAGGGCUCGUCAUGUACGAAUUUGACUUCUCCACACUCAAGGGCCUCCAAGGGGUCUCAGUUGUCAACAUUGACAACCAAGGGAACGUGUUUGCGGUCAGCCCGACCGCCCGGACCCUCGUGCACGUCAAAGUUCAGGACGUCCUCGACUCCUCCAGCCGCGUCGUGUCAAACCUCACUUGGGUGCAGACUUGGAGCGAGCAGCCGCUGCAGCUGUCGCGGCUCAACGCGUCAGUCAGUGAGGGGAUCGUCGGGCUGGCAGGGGCCGUGCGGAUGGAGCUGUCAGACACGCAAUGCUACGAAGAGAUCGUGACCGAUCAGCUGCAGAUGGAGACGUGGAGGAUCGUUCUCAACAGCACCAACGGGACCAACGUCACAAACGCCACGAGCUUUAACGGCACAGUGGAUUCCAACAGCACCAGCAACUCCAGCUCGAGUCAGCUCAACAGCACGUCAAACUCGUCUCUUCCUUGUAACGAGACGCUGGAGAAUUGCAGCUCCCCAACUGCGAGGAGGCUCCUGCAGUCAACCGUCAUGGACUUGGUCAACUACACCAAGGAGCGGCUGGUAACGACCUGCUUCCGCUCCCUCCUUGUCCGCUCACGGCCUCCUCGCUUCAACCUGCCCUGUGGGACCAUCCCUCCGCUCUCCGUUGUCCACGAGCUCGUGCCUCCCAUCUGUCGCUCCUCCUCCUUUUCUGCCUCCUUCCUGGGUGAUCAGAACGCCAUCGCCACCAGCCCCCCAGCUAUCGACAAGGACGGCAAGCUGUCCUUUAAUGUGAAGUCCAGCUGGGGAGGGGAGCAGACGCUUGCGAUCAGUUCAGACUCCUCCAACAUCACGCAGACGGCGCAGCUGACGCUGCUGUCAGCGAACUUUAAGCCGAUGUUCCAGCUCAUGGACGUGGUGGUUAACGAGGACGCCGGUCUCAAGGUCGUCGACUUCGCCAGCGGCGUCCGGUGGAUGCAGAGCCCCAAGGUCGCGCAGUGGCAGCUGAUGCAGAACAUCACGUGCAGCAUCGUCGGGGUGACGAGGCCGGCAACCGACGUCUUCGCACAGCUGCCCACCUUCAUCACUCUCAAGCGACCGGACGGGAGGUACUACGGGGUCACUUCCUUCCAGUGGAGCCCCAACGUGUACGGCGAGUGCUCGGUCCAGAUCCAGCUAGUCAUCGACGACGACAACAUCCCAGCUGAGUUCCGGGAGUCUCAUCCCGCAUCCUUCAUCCUCCGCUCUCUCCCUGUUAACGACCCCCCCUCCUACAUACUCCAGCAGAGCUCCUUCUCAAUCCUCCAGGGUCAGCCGUUCGACCAGCACGUCCUCUCCUGCCUGAGUUGGUAUCCUGACGAUAUCCCGCAAGCAUGCUCAGUACCCAACAUGUGCCUGGGGAGCUUGAAUACCUGCUUCAACAAGGUCCUCUCGUCCGGCCUCACUCAUCCGUCAUCCAACUCCCUUGGGCCCGGCGGGUAUCAGGCCGGACCCUUCUGCAACCUUACCAAGGAGAAGGAGGGCUUCACGUGCUGGUACAGGAUGGAGAUGGCGAACGUGACGCGCUGCCGGACGGAGAUGAUGGGGGUGGGGAACACGACGGUGGCUGUGGAGGUGUGCGAGGAGGACAGGGGGGUGGUCAAGUCCUUCUACUACGACAACGGGUUCCUUCACGUGGACUUCGACCCAGGCAGCUUCGGAUCCUUCGUCCUGACCUUCAAUAUCGUUGACAACGGGGGGAGGGCACGGGGGGGGCUGGACACGGCGACGUUCUCGUUCCGGGUUCAGAUCGGGCAGGUGGUGGCGAAGCCGGAGGUAGUCGUGCAGCCUCCUGCGAUCACAACGCCCGUCGUCAUCGAGCAGAACGUCUCAGUCCCGCCCGUCGUCCUCCCUCCCCUUGCCGACCUAGCUGAGAGUUACCUGAUCGUGGACGAGGUGGCGGCGGCUCUGGUACACAACUACACGGGCUUCUUCCAGUUUGCCGACGGGGGGCUCGAUCAGCAGACGGCCAACGUCCUCACUGUGGUAGUGACCAGCGUCACACGGAAGGAGCUUUUCCUCUCUGACUCGUCCCCGACAUCCUCAUCCUGCACUGGAUGCCCUGUCAUCGCUCUCCAGGGGCUGUCAGGCAGUCUGACCUUCGUCCUGGCUCCCUACCAGUACGGCGUCUCCUCCGUGACAUUCCUGCUGCGAUCGCAGAACCGAUUCGAUGCCAGCAAGUCUGCCGAGGCCUCCCACUCUCUUGAUAUCAUCGUCCUCCCUGUCAACAACCCUCCCAGCGCCGCCGUCUCUCCCCUGGUCGCCGUCCUGUCCGACCGGCAGGACCUCGUCGUCGAUGAAGUUUUCACCAACAUUUCGGUGGGGCCAGCGAAUGAGUUGUGGCAGAACUUGACCUUCGUCAUCGCCAACCUGCACUACACUCCUCUUCUCCUUGGAUCGUUGCCGCACAUCACUCCCGAAGGCUCCCUCCAUCUGAACCUCUCGCAAAACCACCAAGGCACCCUCAACAUGAGCAUCGUGCUCGCGGACUCCGGCGGAACGCAGAGGGGAGGGAGGAACGAGAGCGCUGCGGUGGACAUGCGGCUGAAAGUCUUCGGUAUGCCCCUCGUCACUUCCAUCUUCCCCUGCGUAGGGAGGAGCUCCCAGGGCUGGACCAUGACCAUUAUCGGCAACAACUUCCUUGACUCCCUCCCUGCUGACGCGGCCCCCUACGUCAACUUCGAGGACCGGCAGGCGCUGGUCUACGUGGGAAGGGAGCUGUGCCUGGACCUUCGCAUCGCGUCCAGCAGCAUGAUCACCUGCAUCGCACCCAACGGGUCCAUGCCGGGGAGGAUGCCCGUGACCGUCUCCCUCCCCUCCUUCUCCUCCUCCAACCCCCUGGGAGUAGUCAUCUACCGCGGGGAAGGCAGGAGCUUCACCUAUUCGGAGGGGGUGGUGCAUGCCGACCUCAUGUUUGGAGGAAGCUUCCUGGAGGCGUCGGCCAACCACACCAUGACCCUCCUCGCCCUCGGCCCGGGCCUCUCGCCCCCGGCUGCCUCUUGCAACUCCUCCCACACCUUCUGUCCAGCAGCCGAGCGUGAAGUCUCUGCCAGCAACCUGCUGGGCCAGAGGGGCGUCGUCAGAGCUCUGGAGUUCUUCCAGGGCAAGGUGAUGUACGGAGGUACCUUCCGUUCGGAGUCUAGACAGACUUCGUACCUGGUGAUGUGGGAUGGGGUCCGUCACUUCCCAGUGGGAGGAGGGCUGAACGGCCCGGUCUACUCCCUCAGCAAGUACAAGAACGGCAUCGCUGCCGGAGGAGCGUUCUCCCGCAUAUUCCGCCAGCAGACGUCAGUCAGCGACGGCUUGCAGAGUGGAGGGCUCGGGUUCUGGAACGGAACUUCCUGGAGCCUCAUAGGAGGGAGAGCGGUGAAUGGUGUUGUUUUCUGCAGCGUGACGGUUGGAGACAACCUCUACGUGGGCGGGAGAUUCAACAGCAUCGGAGAUACGACAAUGCAGAACAUUGCCGUGUUUGAUGGACUGGGGUGGUCGGCGAUAGGAGGAGGGCUGCAGGCAGCAGAGGUUAACGACAUGUCCUACUCCGCUGACGUCGGCCUCGUGGUUGUCGGGACGAUCUACCGUUCAGGGGAUACGAUCCUCUCCAAUGUCGUGCGCUGGGACUUUACGGCUGGGAAGUGGCUGAGCUUGGGAGAGUUCGACCAGACUGUCCGGGCAGGCAAGUGCAAGGGAGUCGUCACCGACGGCAACAACAUCUACAUCGGAGGAGACUUCCAGCGAGCCGGCAACCUCAAGAUCCUGUCCAUGGCCAAGACUGUCAUCCAGGGAGGCGUCUUCAUGGGCUGGAAGGAGCUCGCGGCGGCGGUGGAAGGAAACGUGCACAGCAUGCUCUAUUCCGGCGGCUUCCUGUACGUGGGAGGAGACAUGAAGUCAGUCACGGACGGGGAGGGGAAGAAGAGCGUGCAGGGCCUGAUGAGGAGGAGGAUGGACAUGCGGGAGCUCGUCGACACGGUCUGGCAGCCUCUGCGAGGAGCCGAGAGCUUCAUGCCGGCAACCAUCUCGUCCAUCAGUCGGGUGGAGUAG